UGUCCACAGAACUACUGAGCAGGCCGCGCGGCAGCCGAAGAGCUCAUCUAUCAGUUCUCCAACGCUCCCAUCCUGCAAAACUAAACAUGGCAAUGGAGGCGGCGGUCGUCGCUGCCUCCCCGGCACUUGGAGCCUCCUUGCACUCCUCCUCCACUGUCCUUAAAGCGUUACUGCUCAUGUUGAUGCUGGUGUACGUCGUCCAGACCCUCGUGCCGCGGCGAAAGAGCACGUGCACCGCGCCGCUGCCACCAGGGCCAACGCCGUGGCCCGUCGUCGGCAACCUGCCGGAGAUGUUGCUCAGCGGCAAGCCUGCGUUCCGGUGGAUCCACCAAGUUAUGGAGAAGACGGGCACCGACAUCGCCUGCGUGAAGCUAGGCGGCGUCCACGUCAUCCCCAUCACCGGCCCCAAUAUCGCACGCGAGGUGCUCAAGAGGCAGGACGCCAAUUUCGCCUCCCGGCCGCUGACCUUGGCCUCCAGGACAUUCAGCAGAGGCUACACGGACGCCGCGAUGUCCCCCUACGGCGAGCAGUGGAGCAAGAUGCGCCGCGUGCUCGCCUCCGAAAUCGUCUGCCCCUCCCGCCACAAGUGGCUCCACGACAAGCGCGCCGAGGAGGCCGACAACCUCACCCGCUACGUCUACAAUCUCGCCGGAGCGGGGUCCGGCGGUGCCGUCGACGUCAGGCACGUCGCACGCCACUACUGCGGAAACGUUGUUCGCCGCCUCGUCUUCGGCAGGCGCUACUUCGGCGAGCCGCGGCCCGACGGCGGCCCUGGCCCGCUGGAGGUGCAGCACGUGGACGCAGUCUUCGCCUCCCUGGGGCUCCUCUACUCCUUCCGCGUCUCCGACUACCUGCCAUGGCUGCUGGGCCUCGACCUCGACGGUCAUGAGAAGAUGGUCAGGGAGGCCAACGAGAUGGUUACCAGGCUACCCGAUGCGUUCAUCGACGAGCGGUGGACGCAGUGGAAGAGCGGCGAGAGGCAGGAGCUCGAGGACCUGCUCGACGUGCUCAUUACCCUCGAGGAUGCCGAGGGCAAACCGUUGCUCACCAUCGAGGAGGUCAAAGCUCAGUCGCAGGACAUCAUGUUCGCGGCCAUGGACAACCCGUCGAACGCGGUGGAGUGGGCUCUGGCCGAGAUGGUGAACGGCCCGGAGAUGCUGAAGAAGGCGGUGGAGGAGAUCGACGGCGUCGUCGGCCGGGACCGGCAGGUGCAGGAGUCCGACAUCCCACGGCUCCGCUACCUCAAGGCCUGCAUUCGCGAGGCGUUCCGCCUCCACCCCGUCGCGCCGUUCAACGUGCCCCACGUCGCGCUGGCCGACGCCACUGUCGCCAGCUACCACGUCCCCAAGGGCAGCCACGUCAUCCUUAGCCGCAUCGGCCUCGGCCGCAACCCUGCCGUCUGGGACGACCCGCACCGCUUCAACCCUGACCGACACCUCGCCUGCAAUCCGAUGGAGGAUGUCACGCUCGCUGAGAAUGACCUGAGGUUCAUCUCUUUCAGCACCGGCCGCCGCGGUUGCAUUGCCGCUUCGCUCGGCACGGCCAUGAGCGUCAUGCUCUUUGGCAGGCUCUUGCAGGGGUUCUCCUGGAGCAAGCCGGCAGGGAUGGUGGCCGUCGACCUCAGUGAGUCGAGGCACGACAUUUUCAUGGCCAAGCCGCUGGUGCUGCAUGCCGAGCCACGGCUGCCGGCGCACCUCUACUCGGCCAUCUCUAUGUAAUUCGUCCCUAAUUGCUGUCAAGAUGUAGAAGAUUCCUUACCCUUCUGUAUAUUAUUUUGUUUAUUAUACAGAUAGAGCCAAAUCAACAAUAGGA